AUGAAGGUCGUCGCAGCUUAUUUGUUGGCAGUGCUCGGUGGAAACCAAACCCCAGGAAAGAAGGAUAUUGAAAAGAUUUUGGGAGCAGUUGGUGCUGAAGUCGAUGGAGAACAAGUUGAUAAACUCUUGAAGGAAUUGGAAGGCAAGAACGUUUUUGACGUUAUUGCUCAAGGUAAGGAGAAGUUGGCUUCCGUCCCAACCGGAGGUGCUGCUGCUGCUACUGGUGGUGCUGCUGCUGUUGAGGAAAAGAAGGAAGAGAAGAAGGAAGAAAAGAAGAAGGAAUCCGAGUCCGAGGAUGAUGCUGAUGCUUUCGGUGGUCUCUUCUAA